AUCAUUGUAUUCGGCUACUUCAACCAUAUUUUAGACAAGAUUUUCUUUUUGCAUUCGACAUGAGUCCAUCUAAGACUAAAGGGCUUAGAAGUUGGAGUGUUGAAUCUGACGAUGAUAACAAUCCCAUUGAAAACAUAUCAUCACCACCAACUUCUCUAAUGGUCUCACCGUUUCGAUUCUUUGAUGAUGAAACCUACUACACAACACCAUAUCUUCCUUCAACAGUCUCAUCCUUUCAAACCAUAAUCGAUGAAGCCAUCUUCGAUGAAACCUACAACCCAACAACAUUUUAUCCUCUAAUAGACUCACCGCUUCAAACCCUUGAUGAUCAAACCUACAACAUAACAUCUCCCUCUACUCUAGAGGUCGGACCUCUUCAAACUGUUGAUGAUGAAAACCAUAACCCAAAAACACCUCCUCCUCCUCCUCUAGAAGUCCCACCCCUUCCAACCAUUGAUGGUGAAACCCACAAAGCAGAACCACCUCUUCCUACUCUGGAGAUCACCCUGCUUCAAACUGUUGAUGAUGAAAACCAUAACCCAAAAACACCUCCUCCUACUCUAGAAGUCCCACCCCUUCCAACCACUGAUGGUGAAACCCACAAAGCAGAACCACCUCUUCCUACUCUGGAGAUCACCUUGCCUCAAACUGUUGAUAAUAAUAUUAACAACACCCCUCCUCCUACUCUAGAAGUCCCACCCCUUCCAACCAUUGAUGGUGAAGCCGACAAAGCAGAACCACCUCUUCCUACUCUGGAGAUCACCUUGCCUCAAACUGUUGAUAAUAAUAUUAACAACACCCCUCCUCCUACUCUCGAAGUCCCACCCCUUCCAACCAUUGAUGGUGAAACCCACAAGGAAGAACCACCUCUUCCUACUCUGGAGAUCACCUUGCCUCAAACUGUUGAUAAUAAUAUUAACAACACCCCUCCUCCUACUCUCGAAGUCUCACCCCUUCCAACCAUUGAUGGUGAAACCCACCAAGCAGAACCACUUCUUCCUACUCUGGAGAUCACCCUGCUUCAAACUGUUGAUAAUAGUAUUAACAACACCCCUGCUCCUCCUCUAAUGGUCUCAUCGCUUCAAGCCAUUGUACCAUAUGAAACCAACAAAGACUCCAUUGCUGCUGCUGAUGGUCCUAGUUCUGGUGCAAUCAAAAGAAAACGUGGUCGGCCAAGGGGUUCAAAGAACUCAAAGAUGGCCAUAAAAAAGCCGAAACCUUAUGAUUCCAACAGCAAAGUGGUUACGUCUUGCCCAAGUUUUGACACGGGGAUAAGCGAAGCAGAGGGAGAAACAGGAAACAAAGAGGUAGCUGAUUCAGUUCUGAUGCGGUUUGAUGCGGUGAGGCGUCGGCUAUGCCAGCUAAAGUGCUUUAAAGGACCCCUACUUCAAACCGCUCUCGCUAACUGUAAGAAUUUGGGUGUUAGGACUAAUAGGAAGAAAAGAAUCGGCUCGAUUCCUGGAGUAAAUGUGGGUGACAUAUUUUACUUUUGGGGAGAGAUGUCCUUAGUUGGGCUACACAUGCUGAUGGUUGCCGGUAUUGACUAUCUAACUAUCAAAGACGGUGCAACAGAAGGUCCUUUAGCUACAAGUGUGGUAACUUCAGGACACUACGAUGACGAAACAGAAGACACUCAAACUUUAAUUUAUACUGGACAUGGUGGUAAAACUGGUGAUCAGGAACUUCGAGGAGGAAACUCUGCGUUGAAGGAAAGUAAACUGAAGGGAAAUGAAGUUAGAGUGAUAAGAGGUGAAGAAGAUCCCAACAACAAGGGUAAAAAUAUUUACAUAUAUGAUGGCCUUUACAUUGUGUCAGAUUCAUGGGAAGCUAAAGGAAAAUCCGGGUUCAAAGAGUUCAAGUUCAAAUUGCUGAGAAAACCGGACCAACCUGCUGGUUAUGCAAAUUGGAAGUCAUCUAAAAACUGGAGUAAGUGUACGGAUAAUUCAAGAAAAGGUUUGAUACUUCAAGAUCUUUCAUAUGGAGCCGAGACUUUACCAGUCCCAUUGGUGAAUGAAAUUGAUGAGAAUGACAAGGAGAUGCCUCAAGAUUUCAGCUACGUCAACUCUUCGACGUGUCCAAGUAUGACGAUUGUUCAGAACUAUCAAUCUACCGCAUGCAUCGAUUGUCAUCAAGUUCAGUUAUGCGAAGGUCCAACGUGCAUUUGUGUCCAAAGGAACGGUGGCGACUUGCCAUACCAUAACCGUAUUCUAGUUUGUCGUAAGCCAAUGGUUUAUGAGUGUGGCGAUAUGUGUCCUUGUCCUCCCGACUGCCACAACAGAUUGACUCAAACUGGUUUGAAAAUUCGCGUUGAAGUGUUUAAGACGGAGAAAUGCGGUUGGGGGUUACGUUCGUUGGAGCCGAUUCGAGCAGGGACUUUCAUUUGUCAGUUGGUUGGUAUGGCUAAGAGAAUACAUGACGUAGACGAGGAUGACGAAUAUGUGUUUGAUUCUUCUCGCGUUUACAACCAGUUCAAGUGGAACUACGAGCCGGAGCUCGUGGGUGAAGAUUGUUGGGACCAAGUCCCUGAAGCUUAUAAGCUUCGAUGGCGAAUGGUUGUCAGCUCGAAAGCGUAUGGAAAUGUCAGCCGGUUCAUGAACCAUAGCUGUUCUCCAAAUGUUAUGUGGCAGCCUGUUGAAUAUGAAGAUUCUCGUCAACCGUGUGUUCGCAUUGCGUUUUUUGCGAUGAAACAUAUACCUCCACUGACGGAGCUGAGGUAUGAUUACGGAAUGUCUUGUAGAACUGAAGAGCUUGGAGAAGAUGGGAAGACAAUUUUCAAAGGCAAGAAGAUUUGUCAUUGUGGUUCAGUCAAGUGUCAAGGCUCUUUUGGAUGAUUUGAAACCUUUUUUUUAUAUCUUGUUUCCUUUG